AAAGAAUUUUUAAUGAAAAUAUAAAAAAUCAUUUUCCUUGCCAUUAAAUGUUAUUCAUAACUUUAAAACAGUCUGUGACGUAAUUUGUGACGUUCUUUCCAUGCUCUGCUUGCGGUAUUACAUAUAUACAUACGUAAAUACAUAUACUGGACAUUUUAAAUUAAAUUCUAAAAACCUUCUGAACAAACCAAAAUAUUAUGAUUUUUUCAUUUACGGCUAAAUAAUUGUUGCAUAUAUACAUUGGACGAAAUGGUUAUUGAAAAUCAAAAUUCUCGGGAUGUCGACUUGGCUGAUAUUUUAGGAGCAAAUUGGCCAACACAUGCCGGUGCAGCAGCUAUGAUUUUAAACAAAAAUAAAACUUCUAUGGAGUCCAACAGUAAUGACGAGGAGCCACCGACAUCUUUGAACCCGCUUCCAAUAGCAGUCAAAGAAGAACCUUUGUCUCACACAAUUUCAGAUUACCAUCGGCUGAAUGAAGUACCAGGAACAGAGCUUGCAAUUGGCUCCCUUGUCGAUGUAUCUGAUUCUGGAGUGUGUGGAGAUGUGUAUGGAGUAAUUAGAUGGAUUGGCAUAUCUCCCGGAAGUUCUAAAAACGUACUUGUUGGUAUAGAGCUUGAAGACGAACCUCUCUUAAAGAACAUUACGCCGUCAGAUGGAACUUAUAAUAGCGUUCGUUUAUUUAUGUGUCAUCCAGGUCGGGCUAUUUUUGUAGCGCCCGACAGGUGCAAAACUGAUCGACGAUUCACCGAUGUCGACACCUAUAAUUUGGGCAGCAAAGUGGCCAAAAAUCACGAGAUAAAAUUCAGUGUUGAAGCGUGCCAUUCUAUAUUUGGUUCAGUACCGCCAUUACGAAUACAUAGUUCGGAUGAGCUCCAAAAAAUGUGUGGAAAAUUUAAAGGUAUUCAAGGACAUCACAACUCCUGCUAUCUUGAUGCGACAUUGUUUUCAAUGUUCACUUUUACUAGCGUGUUUGAUUCUAUCCUCUACCGAAGUCCAGGACCGAAAGAUAUUCGGAAUUACAAGGAUGUGCAAAGGGUUUUGCGUGAUGAAAUUGUAAAUCCAUUGAGGAAGCAGUUAUUUGUGCGAUCUGAUCGCGUCAUGAAGCUCCGUGAACUGUUGGACCAACUUAGUUCUGUAAGUGGUCUAACAUGCGAGGAGAAAGAUCCUGAAGAGUUGCUCAACAGUUUACUAUCACAAAUAAUGCGUGUCGAACCAUUUUUAAAACUUAGCUCAGGACAAGACUCAUAUUUCUAUCAACUGUUUGUGGAUAAAGAUGAAAAACUAACAUUACCCACUGUCCAACAAUUAUUUGAACAAAGCUUUCAUUCAUCGAAUAUCAAAUUGAAGGAGGUGCCAUCUUGUUUUAUUAUUCAGAUGCCUCGUUUUGGAAAGAGUUAUAAAAUGUAUCCAAGAAUUGUACCCUCACAAGUUCUAGAUGUGACAGACAUUAUUGAAAACUCUCCUCGACAGUGCUCUCUUUGCGGAAAAGUAGCUGAAUUUGAGUGUAAUGAAUGUUUUGGAAGUCUGCAAGCCGGCUCUGGUCUUGAGUGUACAGCUUUUUGUGAAAAGUGCCUUAAAACGUUUCACAUGCAUCCAAAAAGGAUGAAUCAUGUGCAAAAGAAAAUCUUCAUCCCCAAUGACUUCCGGAAUAUGGCUGAUCAUAUGACAGUACCACGAGUAUACCUGGAACUAUUUUCAGUUGUUUGUAUAGAAACAUCGCAUUAUGUAGCGUUUGUUAAAGCUGGAUCUGGCCCAGAUGCGCCAUGGUGCUUUUUCGAUUCAAUGGCCGAUAGAAAGGGUGAACAGAAUGGAUAUAAUAUACCGGAAAUGACAUGUGUUCCGGAGCUAACACAGUGGCUUUCCGAUGAAGGUGCGCGCUCUAUUAAUGAAAUAUCACCUAAUGACAAAGUUCUACCUGAACACGCCAAGCGUAUUUUCUGCGAUGCUUAUAUGUGUCUGUAUCAAAGCACAGACACUAUGAUGUACCAUUAAUAAAAUUAAUAACAAUCGUUGUUUUUUAAUAAAGAUUUAUCAAUGCCU